AUGAAUUCGCCUAUUCGAAAGCUUCCAGGCGUGAAGAAGCAGUUCCCGCACGUCCAACCCAAGGUUGACUGCAAGAGGCCAGCAAUUCCAUCCGCUGCGGCCUCAACUGCUCAGGGCAAACCGAUCCAGGAGAGUCACCGCCCCAAAUUGAAGACGAAAUCGCCCACUGUCACCGGUGCGACGUCCUUCAAAUCAUCUCCCAUUCAGGAACUGGUCAAACCUUUCCGCGCCAAGCCUGUUCCUCAAAGCCACUAUGGCCAGCCGUUUCGACCUGUGCUGAGACGAAAGAGUCCUGUAUCCACCGAGGCUCCAAAACUUGUGGAAGUUCCUGCUGCCGAGGCUGUUGAAGCCGCUCCAUCUCAAGACGCAGUUGAGGAAGUUGCCGACGUCGAUGUGGCUGUUGAAGUCCCUGCCGCAGAGGUUGCUGAAGCCGCUUCGUCUGCUGAUGCCACCAAUGUCGUUUCAGACGAAGUAGCAGAAGUUCCUGCUGUCGCAGAAGUUGUUGAAGUUGCUCCGGCCGUCGAAGUCGAUGUCGUCAUCGCUGAGGCCGUUGAGGAAGUUGUCGAUGCUGCGCAGGUGAUUGAAGACCUACCUGUUGCCGCAAAGGUUGUUGAAGCCGUUGACGAGGAUGAAGUGGUGCCUCCCGUUGUAGCUUUGGCUGCUGAGGUCCCUGUUCCUUCUGAAGUGGUUUCUGGAGCUGAGAAGAAGAAGCGAAAUCGCAAGAAGAAGAAAGCGUUUGCUCCGUAUGUUCCACCUGCCCCGGAGGCUCCUGCCGGUCAAGUUGAACCACAAGUAGUCGACGAAGCUUGGGUCACCCAACUAACCAGGAAGCAAAAACGUAACAUCUGUACCAACAGUGGACGUUCGGCAGCUAGGAAAGCCCAGCGCGAGGCUUUGGACCCUGAUGCCCACAUCUAA